CGCAUUCUACUGCAGCUAGACUUGACGUCUCGGCGCACUCACCCUCCUUACUCCUACUGUCCUUACCUGUGACUUCUUACGUCCCUCCACUCACCUUUAAUCAUAGACGUUUGAUAUGUCGACCAUCGCUCACGAAUCCAACGCUUACACGACGACGACCAUGAGUGCCGGCAUUCAUCACGAUGACAAGUUCUACUUUACAAAUGUGGUUUUCAUGGCUGGGAGGACAUUCUUCCGGAUUCCUCGCCAGAUCCUAGAGGCUCACUCUGAAGUCUUCCGGGAUAUGUUCUGCAUGCCAGCGGGCGACCGACCUACCGAGGGAUCAAGCGACCAGAACCCUAUUUUCCUAGAGGGCAUAGCGAGCCACGACUUCGCGCAGCUUCUCAAAGUGCUUCUGGGAAGCCCUGUCGGCCAUGCGGAUGACUUGCCGCAGUCCGCGUCAGACUGGAGUGCUGUCCUGAAUCUAUCGCACCUGUGGGGCAUGGACUCCAUCCACAGCUUCGCUUUCGAGAAGCUAUCGGGCAUGAACCUGGACCCCGUCGAUAAAGCCGCCCUCGGGAUCAGGCAUAACUUCCCAGAGUGGGUCAAGCCGGCUCUGAACGAGCUCUCGAGGCGAACGCAGCCUCUUUGCCGACGCGACGUGGAGAAGCUGGGUUUGGACGUUGUGCUGAGGCUCGCGGAGGUCCGGGAGAGCAUUGUCGGUGCUACCUGGGCAGGUGGAAGCAUCGGCUCGACCGCCGUUGGGCGAAGGACCGCGGCGCAUCUCGACUUUGGAGAGAGAAUCGAAGAAGUCUUUGCGGAGCACUUUCCGCGGUCGGUCCCCGGUGAUCCAGUCAAGAAAACUCAGGGAAACUCGACGACGCCUAUGAUCAAGUCAUGUUAGGAACUGGGUAGCGACGUCGCGAUACAGUACUCAAUGUGCUGGAGAUGGCGGAAACCUUAAUAUUCACGAUCCAUGGUCCUGCUUUCGAAUAGAAUUUUGUGCCUACGGUGCGCAAUUACUUAAUGUCAGUUCUAUUAAUUCGUGGAAAUCGAGGUUGUUCGUAUUUGGAGAGUGGUACGAAGUUCGUUCAGCUUG